AGAGAGGGAGAGAGAGAGAGAGAGAGAGAGAGAGAGAGAGAGAGAGAGAGAGAGAGGAGACCAUUUGCGUUUGUGUUGUAAAGUCCAGAAGCGUUCGAAGAAGGCAAAUGGUUUCUCUGAGGACUUUAACUUAGCUUGUUUAGCAGAAAACCAGCUCAGACUUUUUAAAGUUAACACCACAAACUUCACUGCCGGGCUCCUCUGAGCAGGACGGACUUUCAGCUCAGAGCUUUUGGAUCUCUAGCAGCAAGAAGACGAAGACGAAGGACGUUUUUUUAAUCAAAAACAAAGGUUUUAUGUUUACAAGCUUGAAUAAAUCCAUGUUUUUUGUACGUGAGGAACAUUCUGAGGAAUCUUCUACCACCAGCUCCGUUCUCUCUCAGGUCCAGUCUACGUCAUGACUUCUAGCUAUGCCCAUGUAAUGGACAGACCGGCCGUGCUGCCCAACCGCCUGGAAAGCCCCAUCACCGCCAGUCAUCUGGACAAUUUGCAUGCCAAGAAGAACUUUUCGGUGAGCCACCUGCUGGACCUGGAGGAAGCGAGGGAGAUGGUGGGAGCGCAGGGGGACGAGGGGGCCGCCGAGGCGGGCAGGAACAUGCUGGAGUCGCCUGGACUGACCAGCGGCAGCGACACCACACAGCAAGACAAUGAGCAGCUGAACUCGGAGGAGAAGAAGAAGCGUAAGCAACGGAGGAACCGGACCACCUUCAAUAGCAGUCAGCUGCAGGCGCUGGAGCGAGUGUUCGAGAGGACGCACUAUCCUGACGCCUUCGUCAGAGAGGACCUGGCACGUAGGGUCAACCUCACCGAGGCUCGGGUACAGGUGUGGUUUCAGAACAGGCGGGCCAAGUUCCGGCGUAACGAGAGAGCAAUGCUGGCCAGUAAAAACGCUUCGCUGCUCAAGUCUUACUCAGGAGACGUAACAUCAGUGGAACAGCCAAUAGUGCCCCGGCCUGCACCCAGACCCAGCGACUACCUGUCCUGGAGCGGCUCACCUCCAUACAGUGCAAUGGCAACCUACUCGCCAUCAUGUGCCAACAACAACACGGCCCAGGGCGUGAACAUGGCCAACAGCAUCGCCAACCUGAGGCUGAAGGCCAAAGAGUACAGCCUGAAUCAGGUGCCCACCGUCAACUGAGAUGUCCUGGGUCGUUUUGGGCAAAAGGUGGGCAAAUGGUGCCGAAGCAAGACUCUGUCACCCAUGCACACGAAUGUAUCCACUGUGUGCCUUUCAGCAUCGAGGCCUUCUAUCUUCUAUCUUCUUCGAAGAAAUGGAAGAAACUUCACUUAACUUAUCCAAGCCCAAAAACUCAUUGAUUUACGUAAGACGCUGUCAUGUUUUUGGCAGCCGGCGAUGACAUGUGGGGAAAAGUUUUUUGGAAAACACACUAUGGCGAAAUGGAAAGUUUGUGUUUUCAUGUUCGCUGCGGCUGUGUGGGGCGUAGCUCCUGGAGGAGAAGAACUGCUAUAAAGUUCUGGAAACCGCAGCAGAUCGCAGGGAAACGAUGACCUCUGUGGAGUUCAGCUGUAGAAAUCUCAAAGACUUGUUGGGGAGUUUUCAGGAUUUUUUCCUUGAUUUCCCUCGGGGACGCACUGCACAGUACAAUUAGACUGUAAAAAUGGCCGAGACCAUGGACUGACAGUUGUUUGUUCUUUUCUAGAGUAAGUGGGUAAAACAUUAGCAUUGAUGAAUAUAUGGUAACACUUUACUGUAGGGCUGUGUUCAUAAGACUAUAAAUGUUACAGCAUAACAUUUCAGGUGACAUCCACAUUUUUUCUGAUAGAAAUGAUAUAGCGCAUUGUAAGAAAUGACUUCAUGGACUUCAUUGCUUCAUGGUGGCAUAAUGUUGGCCAAAAGUAUGUGGACACCCUUCCCUUCCUAAUUAUUGAGUUCAGGUGUUUUAGCCACACCCAUUGCUAACAGGUGCAUAAAAUCAAGCACAUAACCUUGAAGAAUUGUGUGUCAGAGGCAUCAUGAAAUGGGUUUCCAGGCUGAGCACCUGCACACAAGCCUAAAAUCACUAUGCUCAAUGCAAAGUGUUGGCUGGAGUGGUGUAAGGCACAUCACCACUGAACUCUGGAACAGUAGAAAUAUGUUCACUGAAUUGAUGAAUCACAGCUCACUAUCUUGCAGUCUGACAGACGAAUCUGAGUUUCAUGAAUGCAGGGAAGGUGCUAAUUACUGAAUGCAUAGUGCCGACAAUAAAGUUUGGUGGAGAAGGGAUAAUGGGCUGGGGCUGUUUUCAGGGUUUGGGCACCUCAGGUCCAGUGAAGGGUGAUGUUAAUAUGCAAUGUCAAUUGUGAGCCAGACCCUCUCAUCCAACAUUGGUGUCCGACCUCACAAAUGCUCUUUUGAUUGAAUGUACAGAAAUCCCCACAGACACUCCAAAAUCUUGUGGAAAGCUUCCCAGAAGAGUGGAGGCUGUUAUGCCAGAAAAAAGGGGGGCAACUCCAUGCUAAUAUAUUUUUGGGAUGGGAUGCCCAACAAAUUGAUAUAGGUGUGAUAGUCAGGUGUCCACAUACCUUUGGCCAAAUAGUGUAGCUGAAAUCUAAGUUGAAAUAUGAGAACACACACUUUAGGCAGUUGGAAGCUAUGUCAUAUUGUCAGCAUUAUAUCACUGUAAUAAACACUGAGUUACAAAGUGUUUCGUGGCACCAUAAUGUAACAAGAGAUAUUACCUGACAUAGAUGUUGUAUCCACUUCAUAUCAAAGCAACAAAUGCAACUUUAAUCACAAAAAUCUUAUUGGAAUAAAUGUAUGUAAAUGUUUAUGUAUGUCUAUGUCAGUUGUUAUGAAGGGCUUAUGCAGGUGUAGUCUUAUUAACACUGUCCUAAAACUGUAAGGUGUUGAAGAAUAUAUUAAGACUUGAUUUUUGGGUUUAUAUGAUUGACAUUCAGUGGAUUAAUGUAUGGAAGCCCAUUUUCGCUGGUGAAAAAAAUAUAUAGCCAUUUAUUUAGUCAUAAUAAUGAGAAAGUUCACCAUUAUUAUGACUUAAUAUCUCACAGUUAUGAAUUUCUGUCUCACAAUAUUGAGAUUAAACCAUUAUUCAUGACUUAGUAUCUCAUAAUUAAGAAUUUUGGCCUCAUAAUUGAGAUGAUGUCCAAUAUUUAUGACAUAGUAUCUUAUAAUUAUUACUUUUUAUCUCAUAAUUAUGAAAUUCUGUCUCAUAAUAUUGAGAUAAAAUCAGGGAUUUAUGACUCAGUAUCUCAUAAUUACUGCUUUGUAUCUCAUAACUUUUACCUAGCAACUCAAAAUAAUGAGAUCUUGACUCAUACUUUUGACUUAGUAUCUCCUAAUUAAGACUUGGCAUCUCAAAAUCAUGACUAUCUACUCAUAAUUAUGAUCUAACAUCUUUUAAUUGGGAAAAGGAAUAUUUCUGAAUAUUAUGAGACAGCAAGUCACUAUUAUGUGAAACUUUCUCAUUACUAUUACACACUAUAGGGCCUCUUCAUUUUUUUUUCAAGUGGCAGAUUUGUGCUUCCACAUUAAUGUACAUUUUGAUGUAUGUAACCUAAAAGCCAUGCGGUAAAGCCUGGUUCUGAAGCCUAGAAGCCUUACCCUGUGUGUAUGCUGCCUGAGUAUAUCUGAACCUGUAAUAUUCCUAUGCAAUAAAACAUGCAAGAGCAAUGUAAUGUCAGACGUUUCACAGGAUUAGCGUGUUGUGGAACAGCAAUAAUCUCUCUGUCUGUCGUCAAAAGCCAUUACUGGCUUUAGCAGCACUGAAACAUCAGACUGUUAAAAGAGUCCCGAGAAAAUGAUGAAUGUCAUCUUUGUGCCAGAAUGAGUUCGUGCUGUAAUUUCUUUCUAUACCUACGCUUUCUCUGCUUCUCUAACAUCUGAGCUGUUGCGGGCAACAGUCACGGUUAUCAGCGUAAAUCAAUACUCUCUAUGUGCUUAGCUUCACCACAGCCUUUUAGAAUAAAACUAGAAGAAACACGUAUUCUCACAA